AUGACAAUAUCUGUUUUGCUGAAAGAGAAUUACAUAAUAAAAUGGAAAGAAGCUCUAUUUGAUGACAACAGAGCAGAAUCUCUGAUCAUAAACUUCAUAUUGAAACUGGCAGGCAUUGCAAAACUCCAAGGAAUGAAAGAGCCUGUGACAACAAGCAGAUUGAAGAUGAGCUUAAACAUCACAAGUACAAGGUAUUUAUAUAAAGGGUUAGUGGAAGCCCAUCCAUUAGUGACUAGUAAAUGGUUAGUGGAAGCCCAGCCAUUAGUGACUAGUAAAUGGUUAGUGGAAGCCCAGCCAUUAGUGACUGGUGAAGGAAUAGUGGAAGCCCAGCCAUUGGUGACUGGUGAAGAAAUAGUGGAAGCCCAGCCAUUAGUGACUAUGGAAGCCCAGCCAUUGGUGACUGGUGAAGGAAUAGUGGAAGCCCAGCCAUUAGUGACUGGUGAAGGAAUAGUGGAAGCCCAGCCAUUGGUGACUGGAGGUGGGUUAGUGGAAGCCCAGCCAUUGGUGACUGGUGAAGGAAUAGUGGAAGCCCAGCCAUUAGUGACUGGUGAGGGAAUAGUGGAAGCCCAGCCAUUGGUGACUGGUGAAGGAAUAGUGGAAGCCCAGCCAUUAGUGACUGGUGAAGAAAUAAUGGAAGCCCAGCCAUUGGUGACUGGUGCAGAAAUAGUGGAAGCCCAGCCAUUGGUGACUGGAGGUGGGUUAGUGGAAGCCCAGCCAUUGGUGACUGGUGAAGGAAUAGUGGAAGCCCAGCCAUUAGUGACUGUGGAAGCCCAGCCAUUAGUGACUGGUGAAGGAAUAGUGGAAGCCCAGCCAUUGGUGACUGGUGAAGGAAUAGUGGAAGCCCAGCCAUUAAUGACUGGUGUAGGAAUAGUGGAAGCCCAGCCAUUAGUGACUGGUGAAGGAAUAGUGGAAGCCCAGCCAUUGGUGACUGGUGAAGGAAUAGUGGAAGCCCAGCCAUUGGUGACUGGUGCAGAAAUAGUGGAAGCCCAGCCAUUGGUGACUGGAGGUGGGUUAGUGGAAGCCCAGCCAUUGGUGACUGGUGAAGGAAUAGUGGAAGCACAGCCAUUGGUGACUGGUGAAGGAAUAGUGGAAGCCCAGCCAUUAGUGACUGGUGAAGAAAUAGUGGAAGCCCAGCCAUUGGUGACUGGAGUGGAAGCCCAGCCAUUAGUGACUGGUGAAGGAAUAGUGGAAACCCAGCCAUUAGUGACUGGUGAAGGAAUAGUGGAAGCCCAGCCAUUGGUGACUGGUGAAGGAAUAGUGGAAGCCCAGCCAUUAGUGACUGGUGACGGAAUAGUGGAAGCCCAGCCAUUGGUGACUGGAGUCCAGCCAUUUGUGACUGGAGGUGGGUUAGUGGAGUCCCAGCCAUUAGUGACUGGAGGUGGGUUAGUGGAGUCCCAGCCAUUAGUGACUGGAGGUGGGUUAGUGGAGUCCCAGCCAUUAGUGACUGGUGAAGGAAUAGUGGAAGCCCAGCCAUUAGUGACUGGUGAAGGAAUAGUGGAAGCCCAGCCAUUAAUGGCAGGUGAGGGGUUAGUGGAAACCCAGCCAUUUGUGACUUGCAAAGGGUUGGUGGUAGUCCAGCCAUUUGUGACUUGCAAAGGGUUGGUGGUAGUCCAGCCAUUUGUGACUUGCAAAGGGUUGGUGGAAGCCCAGCCAUUGUUGAUUGGUGAAAGGUUAGGAGAAGUCCAGCCAUUGGUGACUGAUGUUGGGUUAGUGGAGUCCUAG